AUGAAAGACCUUACUUCGCUUUUUGCGGAUCUGAAUGUUCUUUAUAACAGCAAUAAACAUUCCGAAGUUGCUAAGACAUGUCAAAGGCUGAUAGAAGGAGGGGUUGAGGACAGGAAGCCUGUUUUGAAACAAUGGCUCAUUGCAUUGGUGAAAAGUGACCAGUACAAAAAGUCGUGGGAUUUGUUGACACAAUUUGGCUCGGAAUUGAAUGAUGGGUUUUAUCUGGAAAGACUAUACGUCCUUUACAAGCUAGGUUAUGCCAAAGAAUUCGAAAAAUUAUACGAAGAGGUCAAAAAAGCUGUGCACCAGGACAAUUCGCAGAGCAGGGGUGUGCUACAUGUUCGUGCCCAAUUUUGUUUCAAAAACGGUAAAUAUGACGAAGCAACCGAAAUAUACAGGGUAUUGGGGCAGAACAAUGAAAACCAGCCUGAUAAUGAAACGGAAAUUGCGUGUAACGAACGCGCUGCAUUAUCAUUUUCGAGUCUCGCAAAGGAAAGCGAACCACACACGGCCUUCCACGAUGAUUCUUACGAUUUUCUUUUGAAUGAAUCUUUGAUAGCUCUCGCCCAGGGUCGCACCCAAUUGAGUCUCGAACAUCUUGAAAAAGCAGCGGCAUUGGCAGCACAAGAUGGUUUGGAUGACGAUAAAUUUGCCAUUGGUCUCCAACGCGCAUACGUGCUACAACUUUCAGGCAAUGUUAAAGCUUCAAGAGCUCUACUUCAAUCCUUGCUGGAAAACAGCCAGACCGGAUCUACAAAUUACUUGCUUGCUUUUAGCAAUCUCAAAUCACUGCAAGACAUAUCGAAAUACACCACGAACAUCCCACUUUUGCUUCGCGAACUGAACGCCCCCAAACUUAGCGGUAUAGUCGGAACCUUGGGAUUGGAACAGCAGAAACGAGUGUUGAGUAACUUACUGUUUUUAAACCUUUUCGGCAAAUCUAGCAUCCAGGCAAAAAGAUCUACGCUUUCCAAGACGCUUGCCCAUUACCAAAAGGUUGUAGACGAUCCGAUUCUGGAACCAUAUCAAUCGCAAGCCAAAAAAUUGUUCCACCAUGCUGAGUCUGUCAUGUCGUGCAGUCUUGAAGGAAGUGUUGUUGGUCUUGUUUUGUUGGCAGUUCAACUACAGGUUGUUGAAAAACAAUACGAUAGAGCGAUCAUUUUGUGUGAGAAAUUCGUGAAUAACAGUUCUGAUUGUUUCAGUACAUCCUACCGUACCAUUUGUUACGUUUUAUUCGAGCUUUACCAAAAGGCUGCAAGAUCAAGACCUUCACAUAUUCUCGCCCAAAGAAUAUACGACAAUAUGCGUGAUGAGUAUGUUAUUGAAGACCCACAAUUCUGGAGAUUCAUAGCAUUUAAAAUGCAGGCCAAACAAUCCUAUGAACAUGCGGAAGAGGUCUUCGCAAAGCUUCAAACUCUCUGUCCGUCUUUGUCGCUCACGGAACUCAAUGGUGAUAGGCGCGAACAGAUCGGGGAGGAUUUAGACUCCCUGAUCGAAACUGUUGAUGUAGAGGCGUUAAAAAUACAAGGAAUCUCACCAUUUGACAGUCGGACCAGGCGUAGAGGUGAAUCAGCUCUGACAAAAACGAUCAAGAGAAGAAGAGUUCACAAGAAUAGGAAGCUGCCUAAGAACUGCGACCUUGCAUCACUGCCAAACCCAGAGAGAUGGCUGCCACUCAAAGACCGCUCUGACUACAAGCCUAACAAGAAGGUGGCGGCGAAAUUGACACAAGGUGGCUCCGCAACCCGUAAAGGCACCCAGAAUUUGGACAUGUCCAAAAGUUCCAAGACGAAGAAACGCAAAUAA